AGGUAAGAGAAAGUUUCUUGGCAACUUCAGUGUGACUUGAGGGGAUGACGAGCCAAGUGUCCUCCCACUCUCUCUCUCUCCAUUGGCCCCCGGGUUGAGUGUGGGGCGGUAAGGUGUGGCCUUGAGCUGCUCGCCUCCUGCAGUGCGCUCUCAGGAAAAUAAACCAUAAACAACCAGAACUAUAAAGAGACCAUUGUGCAAGAGACCACAGUUACAUGUUUGCAGCCUCUCCUACAUGGACACAAUUAUGAAGUAAAAGUGAGACUUUCUGGAGGUCACUGUAUGUGUUUACAGGAGCUUAAUGUGUUGAAGUGUUGAAGUGGUUUCCCCAUUUGACUAAAAAUAACUUGCUCCGCUAUGAGGAGCGCACUAUGAGCCCGGUUUACUGCGCUCCUUCUCACUGAGGCUUUCCUUGCAAACAGGUGGAUUUUCGUUACUUUCUGAAGGAGGAACAACAUGUUCUACAAGUCAAAGGAGAACAAACAACUGGUGCGAGAGGUGCAUUUCCACUCUGCUUCCCACCUGCUCUGCUAGAGCUCAGCUAACCAGUGGCCAACUUUGCCCCCCUUGAACGAUCUACACUGGCAGUGUCACAGAGAUGCUUGACACAGAUAUGAAGAUAGAAAUAGCCAUGGUGGACAGUCUGCCAGCUGCAUAGAGGGGAAGCAUGAAGCAUGAGAUACAUAGAGAUUCAACAAAAACAGUCCCUCACAGACAUGGAAGACAGCUCUUCAAGAAUUUAUGAUGUCAAGUUGGGUGGAGGUCUCAGUGACUGUUGCUGUGGAUCAUAUCAGCCAAGUUGCUUACAACAAUGAAGGAGAUUGAAGCGUGGAGACAUAAUCCUGGACAUGAGCUGUUCUUGGAAAAAUGUAUCUGAGGCCUAGGCAUGCCAGUCCCACCUCCUCCCCCUCCGCCUCCCCCAGGGCUCCCUCCCCCACCACCACCCAGCGCUGCCCUGCCACAGUGUCCAUUGGAGCCUCCUAAGCUCCAGUCUGGUGGAGGAGGAGGUGGAAGAAAUGCCCUGUUGUCCGACAUCCAGAAAGGAACCAGGCUCAGGAAAGUCACGCAUGUCAACGACCGCAGUGCCCCCGCCGUCGAUAACAUCAAGGCUAGCACUGGAGAUGUGUCCAGCAGUGUUAGUGCUUCUCAGGGCUCAUCAGGAGGGAUGGCACCUGUGGGACCCUCUUUAGGUGGGCUCUUUGCUGGAGGGUUUCCCACUCUGAAGCCUAUAGGUCAAAGAGACUUAUCAGGCAAGACCCCAGUGACGCGUUCGAGCUCCUCAGCCUCCCUGAAGCCGCUGUGGAACCCGCCCAUAUCAGCAGACUCUGAGCCUCACAGGACGACGGAGCGAGAAAGCGUCGCCUACCGUCCGCUCGCUCCCUCGUCCUCUGCCCCUCCCUCCCCCUCUCACAGCAGCAGGCACCCACCUUCUUUCCCUGCUUCCCCUCCCCCUCCGCCUCCACCUGCUCCUCCCUCUGGUCCUCCCCCACCUCCCCCACCUCAAGCCUUCCAGGACCGGCCUGCCAACAAGCCUCCACCUCUCCCAUCCUGCCCUCCCCCUCCGCCUCCAUCCAUGGUCACAAAGCCCACCUGGCUCCCCAUCCAGCACCCCCACCACACCUCCAUCUCCCAGCCCUCUACUCCUCCUCCUCCUCCUCCUCCACCUCACAUAUCUCCCUCCUGUGUCCCAGGGGACCGUUCCUCGGGUUGCUUCUACCCUCCACUCCCCUCCCCAGUCCACUCUGAACCUUCUAGGUUCCCCAUCCUGCGGGACAGCCCUAUUGGACCUCCUCCCCCGCCUCCUCCUCCCCCUCUACCUGCUUCUUUCACCCCCAGCGGCCCAAUUACCCUCCCCCCUCCUCCGCCCAAGUUGGCCCCAGUGCCCUCCCCAACCAUGCGCUCUCUGCCACCCUCAUACCCCUGGAACGCCCCCACCCGGCGGCCACCUGCUGUGCCCAGAAGUGCAGGUGUUGGUCGUCUGGCUCCUCCUCCAGCUCCUCCGGCACGCUCCCCCACCACCGAGCUGUCCAGCCGCAUUCCUCCCCCUCCACCACCUCCACUGCCCCCAUCCAGUCUCAGGAAUGGACACCUGCACAGUCUGGACGACUUUGAAUCCAAGUUCCAGUUCCACCCUGUAGAAGACUUACCCCCUCCCGAUGAAUUCAAGCCUUUCCCUCGGAUCUACCCCAGCAAAGAAAACAGAGUGAACCCCAAACCACCUGGGAUCAGGACACACCUCCGAUGAGUCAGAGCCUCGCCCUGUUCUUCAUCCCACACUCAUCAAGCACUUCAAUCUUCCUCCUCCUCUUCUCUGGAUAUGAAGAUGGGAGGUUAAUGACAAUACAACGACAGCCAAGGACUUUGUUUAGUUUGGAUGCAGGCUGUGUGUGUGUGUGUGUGUUUGUGCGUACAUGUGAGUGUCAAACUGUGUCCCGCCUUAUACUGACAAUGUGACCUCUGAUCUUUUCCAGUGUGGAAUGUUUUGAAUGUGUGUGAGAGGAGGGCUCUCCCUACUCAUAAACUACAUACAGUCUCUCCACACACACACACACAUGCACACUCCAGGGACAGUGUCUUCCAGUAGCUAUAUUUAACAUGACUCUUGACACAGUUUGUAACAGCUUCAGUUUUUCUAUACAGUGUAGAAGCACUUUUAAAGUCCUGAUAUAACUCAGAAACAUUCUUAAACACAGAUUAUGGCUGGUAAAGCAAUUUUCCUCCCCUGAACAAGGAGAUACUCCUUAACAAUCUGUAUAAAUGUUUGAUAUUUUCCAAUAAUGCUACCUUUUUAAAUUAAUGCUUCAGUGCUUGAGCAAGACUAUCCUUGCAAGAAGUUGUGUCUGUUUUCCUCUGUUUUGAGAUUCUAUAUGGCCAACACUCGCAAGAUGUUGUUGUUUGGCUGGUUUGCAACAAGUAAGCCUCAUCUUCAGUUUAAACCUGAGAAAUUUGCAGGUGAACUCUUGUUAAGUAUUUACUUACACAGCAUACAACCCUCAGGGUUUCAUAAAUCCAUAUACAUACUGUAUUCCUCUCCUGUGUUUAUGUGAUUAUUUUACAAGAAUCUAUAAAAGUGUAACAGAAAUGCAACAUGAAGAUCACUGACAUUGUGAGGAUUAUGGGAAUGCAUUUGUGUCUUUUCUAAAUUGAAAAUUAAUGAGGUGUACUGUUUCCU